AUGGAGGAGGCCCACCAUGACGCUUCUACCUUCCUUCAAGGGUCUGUUUCAGCCCAUGCAGACCCGUUCCUCUCGGUCGUUCUGGCAGCAAAGCCAAGCAUGGCAAUGGCAGCGCCGGGUGAGUCAGCGCUUCCGCCGCCUGACUCCGUGCCAGACGCGACACUUGGAGUGGAGGCUGUCUCUGCUCCUUUGGUGUGCCCAGAACAGCAUUUGGCGGCGUCCUCGACGCCGUUAUCACAAGUUUUCUCUCCGGUCUCGGCUUUGCCGACUGCCUCCGCGGUGGUCGUGGUAGCUGAGAUCGGGGGGCCGUUUCCCGAUGAGGUCGUUCCGGUAGAUGAGAUGGCCGCAUCUCCGCCUGCUCCAUCUACUGCCGUGUUCGCAGCGGCUGUGGAGGAGGCUUCAGCUCCGCCGCCGACGCUUAUCACCUUCUCCAGGAGAGCCAAGAAAGCAAUCCCCCCGGCACUGCUUCCCCCACCAGCCCCUCAGCAGCCGCCGCAACCAGCGCCGCUGCAGACGCCGCGUCGCAGUGUGCGUCAAGCGCUUCAAGCGACACAUGGCGCCCCAACUUUCUCCCGCUGCCAGUCAGUGUUAGCUAAGAAGAUGGGGGAGAAGGAUACUGCUGUCCCAGCUGCGCCUGCACCGACUGUGUGUACUAUCCAGCAGUACAACGAGCUGUUCGAGAAGGAGCUGUCUCAGGAUCAGAUGUUGGCGCUGGCCGACCUCUUUGGCAUUUGUCUACCGCCUCCUGCCAGCGCGGUGGUCAUCUCGCCAUUGAAGGCGGCCUGA